AUGGAACUUUCAUAUUGUUUUUAUUUUCUGCUUUUGUGUUUUGUGGCCGGUAACGAUGAAAAGGAGAAUGAGGAUGAAAUUAGGAGGAGAAGACUUAUAGAGCAGUUGACAAAAACUCGUACGGAAAUACUUGAUAACUAUGAACUGGUUACCCGGCAGAUAGCUACGGACGUAUUUAUGUUCAGAAGUUAUCGGACUGUUUCUGUGUUGAUGUACCAUGUAAAAACGGACAUAGAAGAAGCUCGGUUCACUAUUCAAUCAGAAGAACUGCAUUUAAAUAAUAUUGGAUCAUGUACUCCUCAAGAAGUUAUACUAAAUAUAAAGCAUGGCUCCUACCCUGCAGUUAAUCCAGAUGGCUAUGACUUUCCUAAAAACUUCAUACAUUCACAAUCAAGAGAGGAGAUACAUACAAUAGAGCUUUUAUCAGAUGGAAAGAACCAAACAUAUACAAUACAUAAACCAAAGCCAGGUUACUGGUUUGGCUUAGUCUAUAUAAAAUGGGAGGAUCCGAGAGGGCAAAAGGUUGAACAACAAGGUUUAGUUGCUGAUUGCCACACAAUAUUGUACACAGAUUUACAAGUAAAAAAGGAAGAGAAAAUUGAAAUAAUAGACUGCUAUAACACUCUGACCAUAGAUUAUCAACAAUUGCCAGCAUUAUAUAAAUGUAUGUCCACAGAUAAUAUAAAUCCUAUAAGUCUGAACAUAACUGUAGUUAAUACUGCAUCUAAUGAUUCAAAAAUAACAUUACAAGUGCAACCAAAUUCAAUACCGUCACAGGAAAAUUAUAUAAUAUACUGCAACUUUGAUCCAAGACUGAAUAAUAUACAAAGAAUCGUAUUCGAUUCUUCUCCAAGCUCAUGGCAUUAUAUAAAAGUGGAUAAUAUUUUUGGUAACACUUCAAAUAUAGCAGACUGCGAAUCUUACUACCUCAGAGAAUAUGAUGAACCCGCAGAUCAAUCUAUUAUAGACCUUAUGCGCGACGACAAAGGUCGAUUUUUCACAUUCGAUUAUGGCUUACCCACCACAGACUUACAAGAUGCAACCAGUCUGGUGAACAUAACGUCGAAUGAAAUCAAAGCUUUACGAUUUAAAGUUAACCAGUUCAUUGAUAUCGGUGGCACAUUAACGAUAGAAGCCAGUCUAUUGAUGAGUUUGAAGUACUAUAUGGGGUAUAAAAGAGAGUUGAAGAAGGGUACGCUGCUAGCGUUCACUGAGGAUAACCAAUUCUUCAAGGCCGUGAUUUGUAUGGACAUCGGUCACCCUAGUAUACCAUUGAAGACUGGACACUGUAAAUUUAAUGAUAGAGUUAAGCCAGCUUUGUUUGUUUUAAAUAGUACGGAUUCAGAGUCGAUUUACGAGAAAAUUCUUAUCCCUUAUCCGGAUAGUGGGAACUGGUAUUUAACGUUUAGGCUGUUUUGUGAUGAAGUCGUGUGCCCCUGUCGUACUUCAGACAAUGGAACUAAAUACUACGUUGAUUCGCCAACUUCAGAAACUGACAGCUCUGUAGAAUCAAGCACGUUUUCGAAUAUAACGAGAGAGGGUGAAACUGAUUGCAAUGCUACUGUAGUAUUGUCGAUAUCAUCUACUUCGUGUCUUAAUGGCAGAUGCAGUAACCAUGGCAACUGUGGAUUGAAUACUUUUGGAGGUAUGGUGAUGUCAUACUGUUCGUGUUCAGCAGGAUAUGGAAGUUGGGACUGCUCAGACGAUUCAAGAAUGGACAGUAAAGUUUACAUGUUAGUGUCGCUACUACUUUUGACACUUAGCAACUUUCUCUUCAUGUUUUCGAUUUACGUCGCCUGCAUACGAUACUACUACACCGAAGCCAUGAUGUAUGCAUUUACAAUGGUGUUUUCAACGUUCUACCACGCUUGUGAUGCGCCAGCGCAAGUUGCGCUUUGCAUCAUAAGGGGAAACAUACUACAAUUUGGCGAUUUUUACUGCGGAUUAAUGUCAUUUUGGGUCACCCUUCUGGCUAUGAGCAUUAUCGGUGAUAAACUCAGAUCAACAUUUCAGCUAACUGGAGCGAUCCUUAUCGCUCUCCUAACCACAUGGAACAUGCAUUCGUUCGUUGCGUUUUUGUUGCCAGUUGCGAUCGGUGUUACCAUUUUAUUAGCAUCGUGGUAUACAGACUAUAAUAAAACGCAUUGUAUGCGUUAUCCUAAGACGUAUUAUUCUAGGCACCUGCCAUUUGGCAUAGUUCUGGUUUCAAUUGGUUUGGUAUGCUACGCUUUUUUGCAGACAGAACAAAAUUAUAAAAUAGUACAUUCGAUAUGGCAUAUGAUUAUAGCGAUUAGUGUUGCGUUUCUGUUGCCAGAUGUAAAAAGGGUUGAUAUGAAUCCGUUCGUUCCGAGUUCGGGGUACUGCUGGCGGCCGAUUUGUAAUAUGUUUAGGAGAACCACGAAUCAAUAA